AUAUUCUUCUUGAUGCUUCCAUGGGUGCUUUCUAUAUAACUAAUCUGUGCUUCGCGGGUUUUCUCCAUGUCUUGGUCCAUUCUUGAUGUGCCAACGUUUCUCCUCCGACCUCAUCCCACUAAUAGAGCACUGCCUAACGACCACGUACUUCUCCUACGACAACCAUUUCUACGAACAAACGUCAGGAGCAGCGAUGGGCUCUCCGAUUUCUCCUGUAAUCGCUAACAUCUUCAUGGAACACUUCGAGAAAGAGGCUCUCAAAAAAGCACCAAAGAAACCAGAAGUCUGGUUCCGGUACGUAGACGACACAUUUGUGAUAUGGAGACACGGCAGAUCUGAACUCCGAAAAUUCCUCAUCCACCUCAACAAACAACACCCCAAUAUCCGUUUCACUAUAGACAUAGAGGAAAACGGGAAACUCCCAUUCCUAGAUGUGCUGGUGUCAAAGGAGACCAACGGCACCCUAGGGCAUCAAGUGUACAGAAAAACAACACGGACAGAUACUUACAUGCUGAAUCACACCACCACCCAGCACAAAAACAAUCAGUAAUAAACUCUCUGGUACACAGAGCCUUCGCCAUCUCCGACAGAGGACAUCUACGGACAGAAAUAAACCACCUAAAACAGGCCCUACAAAAUAACGGACACGAC